AUGGCGGAAGAAGAGAACAAGUCUCCCGUCGACGCCAUGGACGUGGCAUCGCCUGAGGCGGCCUCAGCUGAAAGAACAUCCAACGAGACAUCGGAGGCUGCUGCCCCAGAAAUUGGUGAGUCUUUUCAGACAGCUCUGCUUUCUGUGUUUGAUGCUCAUUCCCAUCUCUCGGCAGACAAGACAUCAGCCAACAAGGCUGCGUCGGGCAAGGUUUCGACAGCGUCCAAAAACAUCAUGCCAAACCCAGCUUUUCCUGCGCCAAAGACAGACAAGCCUCGUCCUCAUGUGUGCUUGACCUGCAUGCGAUCCUUUGCUCGCCUAGAGCAUCUUAAAAGGCAUGAGCGAUCUCACACCAAGGAAAAGCCGUUCGCGUGCCCCGAAUGUACUCGCUGCUUCGCCAGGCGUGACUUGUUGCUCCGACACCAGCAGAAACUCCACUCGUCUACAACACCAUCAGCACGGCCCCGGUCUGGACGUAGGGAAAGUGUUGCAGGAGUUGCCAGCGGCCGUGUUCGCAAAAACUCCACCGCGAGCACCACGACAACAAUGAGGCCGAGAGCGAACACUGUCAGUCAUGUGGAUUCUGCCACUCGGAGGCUAAGUGUGAUGUCCGAUUCCGUUGGAAGCUUUGGGCGCCAACCCUCAACCAGCCAUACCAACCAUAACAGCGUGUCGGCCAUAUCGAGUCUUCAUGCAUAUCAAUACCGCGGCGUACACGGUCAUCAGCAUGCUUUAAGUUUGCCAAAGUUGGAGACCCAUGGACUGCAAACCGACAUCUUAGGCAGCCUACGCACGGCGCCUCCCUACGGGGGAUUUGGCGCCGAAUUUGAAAAUGGCAUCGACUCCGACCAAGGAAAUACCAUCAACCCUCACGCACUGCAUAUGACCAACAUGCAAGCGCUCAGCCUCGACUCGUCGGUUUCCCCUUUCCACCAAAUGUUUCCUGGUAUGACCCCUUCUCAAGCCAUGGCCGACGACGAUGCGAGUUUCGACUGGAUGACUUUGGGCUUCGAGAAUCAGAUGUCCUUCGCUCAGGCCAAUGAGAACGCUAUCGAUGACUCCUCCCCCUCGGCCAUGAGCACCAAUAGUCCGGCUCCAGUGAAUGACGUGAACAUGAAUGGCGAUCUAAAUCUUGCAGCGAUGCAACAAGCUUCAGUUACUGCAGGCAAUAUGUGGUCCACAACUCUUGCAGCCCAUGUGCCUUUGUUGAACAGUCCUAUGAGUAUUGAAAUGUUGUCCCAAUUUAACGACGUCGUCAAUGCUUCAAUGGGGACCGUCUCGCCAAAAUCCUUACUGGGUCAAGCAACCGCUAUGGAUAUCAGCCUUCCAACUCCGCCAGAUUUUACCACAAUGGACGCUUCCGCCAUGCACGCGGCCCCUCAAUUUACUGGUUAUCAUCUCUCGCUUACUGGAGAUGGUGCUGGCUCUACUACUUCCACAAACUCAGUGGAUAGUAGUCUCCAACAGAGCUCGAUCACAACGAUGUCCUCAGAUUUGGUCAAUGAUCAUAUUCGGAAUGUUUUGAUCGCCGGCCUUUCUCAGAAUGCAGGCUUUGGACAACGCAAGUACUCUCAACCAGCAAUUAGUUCGCCGUUGUCUCCAAGCUCCAACACACGCACGAAAGGGUUCAACGCCAGCACCUUUCCCAGCACAUCUGAGUUGCAGCGAUAUGUGUCUGCCUAUAUUAAAUACUUCCAUCCACACCUUCCCUUUCUUCACGUCCCUACCCUUAACUUUGAGUCGCCAGAUUAUACAACGCCGAUCAGGCUGGUUUCUGGCCAUUCUCAAUUUGGUCAGGCCUCUGUAGCUGGGGGAGGCAGUUGCUUGAUCCUGGCAAUUGCUGCCAUUGGGGCUUUAUAUGAACAUGAGGUAUCUCAAUCUAGAGACCUCUUCGAGUGUGCCAAACGCUUGAUUAGCAGCUACCUCGAAGAGAGGCGCAAGGCCAACCUGACCAAAACACAAUUUGGCCCUCGACACUCUGCUGAGCGAGAAGACACGCCACUCUGGUUAGUCCAGGCUAUGUUAUUGAACGUGAUUUAUGGCCACAACUGUGGCGAUAAAACAGCGGCUGAGCUUGCAAGUAACCAUUGUGCAGCCCUGGUGAGUCUUGCUCGUGGUGCGGAGCUCGCAAAGGCUUCUCAAGGCUACAGCGGAACAAGCAUGAAAGAUGCCAACGUCAACGUCCAGAUGGGUGGAAUGCCAAACAAUGGCUGGGGCUCGAUGAUUAGCGAAAUGGAUGAUUCUGACUGGUUGGAGUGGAAGGUGAUGGAAGAACGCAAGCGAACUUUAUAUGCGGUCUUCAUCCUUUCGAGCAUGCUUGUGACAGCUUACAACCAUCCUCCCGCACUCACCAAUUCCGAGAUCCGAUUGAAUCUACCCUGCGCCGAAGAACUCUGGGCUGCCGAGUCUGCGCAAACAUGGCGCCAAUUAGGAGGAGCGAGCGCGGAAACGGGCGCUCUUACCUUUGCCGCGUCAUUGACACAUUUGCUCAUGUCCGCACACAGACAACGAAGGCGAAACAGUAAUGUAAACGGAGUUGGGCUUACGAGCGAGCUGGAACUCACCCCGAGCACAUUCGGUUGCUUGAUCCUGAUCAACGCCUUACAUAACUACAUCUGGGAAACACGACAACGUCACUUGGGCCGGCAAUGGACCGCAAGCGAAACGGAGCAGAUGCACGCCCACAUUGAACCGGCACUUACGGCAUGGGAAGCGGCAUGGGCGAGCAAUCCCAAGCAUAGCAUCGAGCGACCCAAUCCAUUUGGCGACGGUCCCUUGUCGGCGGAUUGUGUCCCUUUGCUUGACCUUGCUUACAUCCGGCUGUUUGUCAAUUUCGGGAGGUCCAAGGAGGCUUUCUGGCAGCGGGACUACGAUGCUAUGGCGGAAGAGCUGGCCAAGGGCUCCGAACCGGUUUCGGGGCAGGAACCGGGCAAACCAGACCAAACAAGCAACUCUCCAUCUCAAAAGCCAGAGGCCAAGAAUCAAGAGCAAAUGCCGACUCCUGCGGAAGAAGGCAUGAAAGUGGAACCAGGAGAACACGAGCAGGAAGCCCGGAAAUCCCACUCGUCCCGACGUGAGCGACACCUUCGCAAGGCAGCAUUCUACGCCGCCGAUUCUUUGGCCAUGUCAGACAAACUCGGUUUGAGUUUUGCUGAACACACCUCUCGAGAGCUACCAACGCAGUCUGCGAUGUGUGCAUUUGACUGCGCGCAAGUCCUUGCAGAGUGGAUCGCCACCGUCCAAGAACGGGUUGGCAGAUAUCUGGGUGUCAUUGGCCGCGAUGAGAUGAACCUGCUGGAAGUACCAGGCAUACUCCUCCUCGAGGAUGAAGACCGAACCUUGAUACAGAAGAUUGACGAGAUCCUGACCAGCGCUGAAAGCAAGGUCGAAACCCAGGGCGGAUUUGACCUCUCUGCGGCACGGGCAGGAGGUCAUGGCAGCAGAAUCCUUGCAUUGACAGCGUACAUACUAGGAAGGGAUUCCGUGUGGCCGGUCUUCAAGCUCAUGGCGCGGUCGCUGGAGACCCAGGCAGGGCAUAUCAAGGAGCGAGCCUUGGUUUCAGCUUCGAACCCGUGA